UCACCUCGGGAAUACAUCCUCCAACCAAGGAAUAGCAGACCUGACAAUGCUGUACACUGCCAUGUUCUCAACCGUUUGCCUUAUUCUUGUGGGCUUCAUCAAAGUGGCAUCCGCUGGUUCUGUGGAGCUCAACUCGAAUGCUAUUAAGGUCGGUUCAGGUGUGGCGAGUAGUCACCCGGUCAGCCCGAGUCCGGAUGAGUCACCUGCGGACAGCGGCAGUCUGAACUUCGCCGUCGAUACACCUCAGCAGCCUUUAAUCUGCGAGAGUGACGAGGAAUGCAGUGGAGAGGAGUUCUGCUUCCUGUCUCGCGGUGUUUGUCUCCAGUGUAAGAAGCGCAGGAAGCGCUGCAUCCGGGAUGCGAUGUGCUGCCCUGGCAACCACUGCAGCAAUGGAGUUUGUCUUCCAAAUGAUCCUGACAUGAAUCAGCAGAUCGGAAUGAAAGAGUUUGUGUCCAUUUCCAAUGAGAACUCUACUUUUGUGGUGCCACCAAAAGUUCCAAGUCAAAGUUCACCACAAAACGAAAUGCAAAAAGGACUGGAGGGAGAAACCUGUCUGAGAUCAUCAGAUUGUGCUGAGGGACUCUGCUGCGCUCGUCACUUUUGGUCCAAAAUCUGCAAGCCCGUCGUGAAAGAAGGCCAGGUCUGCACCAAGCACAAGAGGAAAGGCACUCAUGGCUUAGAAAUAUUCCAGCGUUGCGAUUGUGGGGAUGGUCUGUCCUGCAAAACGCAAAGAGGAGACGGCGGCAAGUCAUCACGGAGUCUGCACACUUGCCAGAGACACUGAAUGAACAUUUAAGGAAUUUUCUUUCACAAGUUCAAAAACGGACUUGAGCGACGAGCGGUUGAGGGAAACAGGACUUGGAAUGGGAUACUCAACUGGUUUUUCAACUGGUUUCCUCUAUUUUCUUGUGUCAACGUUGCAGAGUAGAUAUAAUUGUUUCUCAACGGAACUUAAAAAUUGCAGUAAAUUACUGUAUUAUACUGUAAAUAAUAUAAGGCAGUUGGCACUUAAUUCAGAUAUUUUUGUCAACCCUGUUUUGAAAGAAGGUGCUUCAGUGUUUUACUAUCUUAUUUGUGUAUAUCUGGUAUUUUGCAGUCAUAUAGAGCUGAUUUAAAUGUCUAUUUUAUUCUAAAUAAAGAUUGUACAGAUGA